UUUCACAGGAAGAAGAAGCAGAAGGGAAGCGCUGGAAUCGAAUCCGACGACGACGACGGCGGCUUCAGCUCCAUCAAUUACUCGCCUCAAUUGGAUAGAGAUCCGUCCGUCUACCCAACCAGAUUCGCUCUCCGCUGUCACACCACUCGCUGCAGGAAUAGAGAAGACAUCAAGGCGACAAGCAAGAGAGGAGAAAUGGCUACCAAGGUGUGUGGUUUCUCCGACCUGAUUCAACGGGUCACCGCAUCUUGCUUGCUCCACCCACUCGCCACCACCGGCGGCAAGCACGAUCCGUCGGGGAAUAAUGGUUCCGGCACCGAGGAGGAUUAUGUGUCCGAGUACGAGACGACAGAGGAUGAAGAAGAGGAGGAGGAAGAAGAAGGAAACGAAACGGAAGAGGAAACGGAAAAUGGGGAAAUUAGGGAUUGGAAACAGGGGAGCAGGAAGAAGAAGCUCCAGAGCGAGGACGCGCAUUGCCCGUGGGACCCGGAGCGGAUGAGGUCCUCCGACGUGGCGGUGGUCGGGGAGCUGAGGAAGCUGGGUGUUUUGAGAGAGAGAUUCCGGCGGUCCGUCAGCGUCGGCGGCGGCGGAGGAGGGCGGAGGCGAAGAGGAGGAAACGCCGGCGGUGGAAGUGUAGUGGGAAUGCUGAGGGAGGCGGUGGCGCCGUAUGAAGCGGCGGUGGAGGAGCUGAAGAAGGAAGUGAAGGCGAGGGAGGCGGAGGUUGUGAAUCUGAAGGAGAAGCUGAAGAGCGCCGCCGUCACGUGUCACAGCAACGGCGGAGGGAAGAAAGGUCGGUCGCAGUCAAAGCGGAAGGUCAGCUGCAGUCACGCUACCCAAGGCGACGAUGAGCCAGGUGAAAGAAUCUCCAAGGGCUUCACCGCGAUCCUCCUGUCGCUGAUGCGAGCCGCCCACUGGGACAUCCCGGCUGCAGUCCGAUCAAUCGAAGCCGCGGCGGCAAACGCCACCGCCGAAACCGUCACCACGAUCAACGCCAUCGCCUCCACGGCAGCCACGCACCACGCCAAGUACGCGCUGGAAUCGGACAUGAAAGCCAUGGAUCCCGUGGAGCUGCUGGGGAUCCUGCCCACCUGCCAUUUCGGCAAGUUCUGCUCCAAGAAGUACCUCGCGAUCGUGCACCCGAAGAUGGAGGAAUCCUUGUUCGGCAAUUUGGAGCAGCGGCAACAGGUGGCGGCAGGGAACCAUCCGAGGAGCCAAUUCUACGGGGAGUUCUUGGGAUUGGCCAAGGCCAUUUGGUUGCUUCAUCUGCUGGCUUUCUCCCUCGAUCCAGCCCCGAACCAAUUCGAGGCCAGCAGGGGAGCUGAGUUCCAUGCCCAGUACAUGGAAAGUGUGGUGAGAUUUUCCGGUGGAAGGGUUCCGGCUGGUCAGGUUGUUGGGUUUCCAGUUUGCCCGGGGUUUAAGCUUGGGAACGGAUCGAUUGUCAAGGCUAGGGUUUAUCUGGUACCCAGAACAUAA